AAUUUCCGGCAGAGCCGGAAGCAGCUCUUCUGGCCCGAAGAACCGUUACCUGGCGUGUGUUUCAGUAUUUCUCGUUCAAACUCUCUCGUGGAUGCCCUCAGCGCCGCGUCCUCCACACCCGGAGUCCCGGGCCCCUCGACCGCUACCGUCCCCGCCCGCGGGGAGCCCCGCCUAGUCGGGGGGAGCUCAGCUGCCGGGGCCGGACCUGAAUCUGUUCCGGUAAAAUCGCUGCGCGGCUGGUCCUCGCCCGACCGUUCUGCCCCGGUUCUUCUCACCGUCUCCGCUCCCCACCCCGCGCCUUGUCAGGUCCCUCUCGGGAAUCUGGCCUCCCGGGAAGAAGGCCAGACUCAGGGACCAUGCCCUGCCCACUAGCCCUGCAAAGCUCCACCUGCUCUGAACAAUAAGACUAGAGCGCUUUCUCAGCCCCAUGGCGCUGCGCUUUCUGCCACUGCCCCACCCUACAGCCUAGAGGGCUGUUCUGUUUCAUGUGCAUCGUGGUUCCCUGGAUGUCCCUGUAUGUCCUUAGAAGAAAAAUCCUCAAGAUCUGAUUGAAAGUACUCUCCUCCCUGCUGGGUGACUCACAGAGGAAAAUAAGAAGAAACAGUGCCCAGAAUCCAGCUAUCACGCCACCCACCCACCCACAGACAUUUAAAUAACCCUCUAGAUCCUCAGUCCCUCAACUCACCCUAGAAGGUUCCAGUUCCUCAUCAGAGUGCAUGCAUACAACGGGCAGAGAGCAAAGCUGGAGAACCACCCUGGCACUACUUGCCUCUGUGAUGCUGAAGACAUUCUCCUUCCUGUGUGUUACAGAGAAGAUUCACAUUUCCAGAGUUUGGAAGAUGCUAGUUGAACAUUCUGCACUAUGGAGAUGUGUACCUGACACCUUACAAGCUCUGCCUGCUUAGUGCUUGGACUGUCUGUGAGUGAAAACCCAGAGAAAGACUGCUCGCAGCUGAGUUACUGACAAUGCAGCCAUUGGAAUCAGUGACAUUUGAAGAUGUAGCAAUCAGCUUCACCCAGGAAGAGUGGGCCCUGCUGGACACAUCCCAGAGAAAGCUGUUCAGAGAUGUGAUGCUGGAGAACAUCAGUCAUCUGGUCUCCGUGGGGUAUCAGCAUUGCAAAUCAGAUGUGAUUUUCCAGCUGGACCAAGGUGAAGAGCUGUGGAUUGAAGGAAGAGGAUUUUUCCAAAGCCACAGUCCAGGCAGGGAAAGUGCCCUUAAAGAAAUGUUAGCCACACAGCAUAUCAGCAGGAAAGACACAUCUACAAUCAUCCCACUGCAAGUAUCUCACACUCCAGAGGAUCCCUUCGAAUGUAAUGAUUUGGGAGAAGAUUUCACUCAUAGCUCCACACUGAGUCAACAUUUGUUAACUCACACGGAAAAGACACCCUGUAUCAACAAACAGUGUAAAAAAUCCCUUAGUGACCAAUCAUACCUUAAUCAACAUAAGCAGAUCCACACUAGAGGUAAAUCGUGUGAGUGCCAUCUGUGCGGGAAAGCCUUCAGUAAUUGCUCUAGCCUUAGAAGACACGAGAUGACUCACACUGGAGAGAAACCGUAUGAAUGCCACAUCUGUGGGAAUGCCUUUAUUCAAAGCUCUGACCUUAGAAAACACAAUCUAACUCACACCGGAGAGAAACCAUAUGAAUGUCAUCUCUGUGGGAAAGCCUUUAGUCAGUCCUCUAACCUCAGACAGCAUGAGAGAACACACACUGGAGAGCAGCCGUAUGAAUGUCAACUCUGUGGGAAAGCAUUCAGUAAAUGUUCUGCUCUUAGACGACACGAGAGAACUCACACUGGAGAGAAACCGUAUGAGUGUCAUCUUUGUGGCAAAUCCUUCAGCCAGUGUUCUGCCCUUAGACGACAUGAGGGAACCCACAAUGGAGAGAAAAUUAUGAAUGCCUUCAGUAAGUAUUCUGACCUCAGAUGACAUGGUAUUAUAAAUGUAACAAACGUGGACAAGACUUCAACCGUAGCUUUAACAUUUAAACACACCAGAGGACUCACAUCGAAGAAAACGCUGUAAUCAAUGGGGAAGAUCCUUCGGUUAUCCUUAUUCAACUUGACAUAUGCAAAUUUAUAUGGAAGAGAGUCCAUAUGUGUGAUAUUUAUGUGGCAAAACCUUCAGUCAGUGGUCUGACCAUAGAUGACAUGAGAGAACUCAUACUGUCAAUAAUAACAACAGCUCUAAACUUUAAACACACUAGGGGACUUGCAUCAGGGAGGAUCCAGGUCUGCCAUCAAUGUGCAAAUGCUUUCAUUUAUAAUUCAUGGUUAAACAACAUGGGCAAACUCCAUUUGGGAGAGCCCCUAGGUCUAAUCACUGUGAACAAACAUUCAGCCAAGCACAGUCUUGAUGUGCACGAGAAAACUCAGUGAAGGAAUAAAUACCCACUACAACAGGAAGUAAGAGGAUGAAGGCUCUUAAGGAAUACCAAGUCAUGCAUCCAGGAGAAGUGAUUCAGUGUAAAAUCAUGAGAAAUCCUUUAUUCAUAGAGCCACACUUGUGGUACCUGUGUGGAUUCAGACUGUACAAAACACGCUCAGUGUCAUGAAAUAAGGAUGACACUUCAGUGAUCUCUCAUUUCAUAAUCAACGUUAAGGUUCUCACACUGAGGAGACAGCAGUCCUAAAAUCAGUGUGGCGAAAACUUCAUCUAGACUUCACAUUCAGAAAAGCUAAGUUGAGGGGGUGAAAAACCCUUUAAAAGAGCCUUUAACAUACAAUUCAGCAAAUAAUUCAGAACUUUGAGAGAACUAUUUAUGGGGAAAAACCUGACAUAUAAAUGCAAACAGUAAGGUGAUCUGGGAAUACUGAAUGCAGAAUUUUGUAAGAAAUUAAACUUUUUCCAACAGAUUAUUUGUAAAUAUUUAAACAAUAAAGUUGGUUGCUGAAAAGUCUA